CAGUCACGUACAGCACGUUUUCAAAAACACAAGGAGAAACUGUCGCUGAAACGGAAGUAUCCAUGAACAUUGACAUUGCAUAUGAAUAACAUUUAGAAGUGUAUAAAAUGAAGCAAAGCUUAUCAAAGCUGCAGUGUAGAUCAGCCACAGUCAAGAAGAUAACAACAACAAGAAGGGAACCAAGAAGAAACCGAAGCAAGGGAGACAACAUGUUACAGGUAAGUAAAUAUAGAGACUGAUCAUGAUCAGGUCACAGUUCGAACACCCCAGGUGUGACAGAAAUAUGCACAACGCAGGCAUCAUUAUUUCACCUUGCCUUAAUGAGUUCGAACUUUUUUGUCCCUUUUUUUAAAAAUCUCAUGUUGUCUUGUGAUUAAGAAUAACAUUAAUAUUUGCACUAUAAUUUUGGUUUUAGCAACCAACCCUCAUUAGAGAUCAUCUGGCCUUCAUUUUGCUGCUGCUUUGUACCUCAACAACCUUAAUAUCAGCUACAGAUUCCACCACUAAGAAAGUAAGUACUUGGAAUUCAUUUUACAAAACGGGCUAAUAGUUUUUUUCUCUAUAAAUAACCGCCUCCUAAUCAUGGUUAUUUCAGUACGCGAUAAAGUGUGCAAAAAAUAUUCCAUCGGUCAACACGAUGUUUUGCAAGCACUACGAAAGACAUAAUAUAUAUUAUACUGAUAUUUCCAUCACUGUAUAUCUCAGGUUGUUGAUUAUGACGUCCAAUUCAAAGAGUCUGGAACUCAGUACACCGAGAAAAUUAAGGUGGACACAGACAAGCAAACUGAAUUGUUUAAAGUUCCUGCUCAUAAUGACGUGGAUGGAAGUAAUAUAUUGCACGACUUCAAGGCGGUAAGUUUGUUUCUCUCUUACAGUAGAAGACACAGUUGCCGUAAAAAAUUAGAGAACCAAAAAAAAAAAAAGAAUGAGGAAGACAAUGGAAACAAUUGGCUGAUGUGCGGUGUUCUAUCGUGACGUGUACUAUGAGGUGUCCUCUACACGAUGAAGCCGAAAGUUUUUCCUUUAUCAGUCAUUGCAGGUGUUAUCUUUCUAAAGUCCACUGGAAUCUUUGACAUUUUGAUCAAAUUCUAAAAUUCAGGCUCGGAUAUCUUUGUGCGCUUGGUUUAAUUCAAUACCUUUAGGAACGUUCAAAUAGUAUGCCAUAUUACUCGAUAUUCACACACUUCACAUUUUAGAAUGUCUUACGUCCUUGCUUGGACAUUCUCAAAGAAAACUUGUUUCUUGUUUGGCUUUAACGUCACCAUUCUGUGACGGUUUGUUUAUCCGAAUAAUAAAUGAUUCAAGUAAAGUAAAGUGAAUUCGGUGUAGUUGUUUUGAAGCUCCCUCUGGAACAACAUAUGUAUCAUAAAAACGCUAAUUUUCAAACGCAACUUUAAUGGCAGAACCGGAAAGAAGGGAAUUCACGCCUUAAAGCUACGUAAAGUAUUUCCGCUUUCAGUGAUUGAAACUCACUUCGUUCUCGUCUGCUUUCAACACAGAAUAUGAGUAUGCUGAUGUUACCAGACAAAAAGAUCUGCUAUCUUCUUCCUCUUUCCCGCGAGUUACCUUCGCCAAAGAGGCUCGAAAAUGACCUUGACCACGCCGAGGUAAGGACACGUAAGCUACUUUACGAGCACCCACUGUUGCAUAUUUUGGAAUCUGUUGGGUUAUUUUGUUACGGACCGUUCAAUGAAAACCCAGUUAUCCUUAUCGGAAACGGUUCCCUUAAAAGUAAAGGAUGACAAAAAUGUAGAUCAAGAAACAUAUGUUUCGAAAGCCAGCUUAAAGAACGUGAGUUUUCGCGAGGAUUGAAGCCUCAGGUCUUCCAAUUCCUCUGCGGCAUGCUCUAUUUCAUAUCGCCAAUGUAAAUAGCGUUGGCAGAUUUUAUGUAUGGCCCGGCUAUAAUGCAAACUGAAGGAAAUAACCUUUGUCUGACAGAAAAACUCUAGUGACGAGACCACUACCAUUGACAGCAAGUGGGCUGUGGACAGUGAGAUAACAAAUCGAUCCAGUCUGAGCGAAGAGUUAAAAAACUUCUGUCCAGACUACCCGAUAUAUCGAGUCUACACCAUGGAGAACGCAUCUGCAUCCGAAAAGACUGAAACAGAUGGUAAGAGGUGUAGUUAAAGACGACGCAGUUGUACUAACCAAUUUUAGCGAAAUCAUCUCUCAGCUGCCCCACCCAGCGUGAGUCAUACACUGCCCCCCCUUCCCAAAAACUCCACUCCUUACCUUGAGCCACAAGUUUUUUGCAAUGAAGAACCCUUCCUCAUAAUCUUUAGAUUAAGCGUCAAAUACAAUGCAUAGCGAGCCGAAGUAUCGCUUUUCUACUCAAAAAUCAAAAUUUAUGAGAUGUAAUACGAAAUGCUCAUAAACACUUCCCUACACAAAAUUUAUCAAAGUCCCUGUAUGAUUUGAAAAACGUCAUGUCCCUUUAAAACAGGAGCAAAACCUCGAAGUCGUCGAUGGGUGUACUCGCCAAUUUACGAUUCCAGAGUGUGUCCAGGUGGAAAAGGCUAUUUGAGCUUCUCCGACAGGUCUUGUUGCAGAAGAGUUGGUGGAUACUGGCAGUUGCAUCAUAGAGUUUACUCUCUUACAUGCUAUUCUGUCCGCUAUUGUUACAGGUGGUGGUGGUUUGGGUAUACCUGCCGAACACGGCACUACGUAAACUAUGUGUAUUGUUACGAAUAUAAAUGUAUGAUCUACUAAAAGUCUACGAGGAAAU